ACGAGCAUACACUGAAGCACGGCUCCAGGAAGUAUGUCAGAUUUUGUUGUAUUGUUGCCAUUGAAUUUACUGAGUGGGCUUUAAACUCUAAAUACAUUAGCUGCCGAUUUAAACAAAAGUACAAAAAGGUGUACACAUUUUUCUGAAAAGUAACCACUCCAAUAUGCCGCCUAAAAAACGCAACUCGGGAGCGGCACAGAGCAAGGAGCCGAAGCCGAGUUCUGACAAAAGCUUUGCAGACAAGAAGGGGAGUCCAGAGUUUUCUUUGAACAAACACACAGAGAAGGAUGUGGAGUUUGUGACCCUGUGUAAGAGCCUCCACGCCACGGAUUCCGUGUGUGAGCGCGCGUGGACUUUGUGGAAAACUGUACAGGAUGUGAUGGAAGAUGUUGAUGCCAAUCAGAAAAGACUGUGGGGUUCUUGUCUAUUUGUGACUGCAACAGACAUGGAUGCCGCCUGUUUUACCCUGACUGAAGUUCUAAAAGCUGUCAAUAUCAAUGUGAAACAGUUUGUCGGCCUGGUGAGAAAGUUGGAUGUAAACUUGGAUACGAUAAGCACUAAAGUGAAUUCAGCACUGAUGCGAGUGGAGAAGAAGUACGAUGUGAUGCUGGCUCUUUACCAGAGGUUUGAGAAAACGUGCAAGAAAAUCUUUGCUUCGACCCCUGAUAAAAAGGAGAGGGCAACCAUGCGUACUUGCUGGACAAUGUUUCUUUUGGCAAAAGGAAGAGCCUUGCAGAUGGAGGAUGACCUGGUCAUAUCGUUCCAGUUGUUGCUUUGCACGCUGGAAUUGUUCAUCAAGCGCAGCUCUCCAGAGCUUUUGCUGCCUCUGUACAAGUCAGUCGUCAGCAAAGCUCAGAGUCCGCUAACAAGAACAUCUCGCCGCAACCAGAGCAAAGCCAAAUCCCGCGUUGUGGAAUCUGAGGUUAAUGUGGAGCUUCUGGAAACUUUGUGCAAAGACAACGAAUGCAACGCUGAGGAGGUGAAGAACGUUUACCAGACCAGCUUCUCAGCUUUUCUCGACCUGAUGGAUCUUUCCAGAUUCCCAGAUUUUCCUUUGGUGACUGAUGUCAGCGAGCAGUAUCAAGAGCACUACCUGAAGAGUGGAGACAUUGAUGGUCGACUGUUUUUCGAUGGAGAUGAAACCGUCCUUGCACCAAAAGUUGACAUUUCCCAGGUAGAGAGAACUCCCAAGAAGACCUCACCGGAUGAUGACGGGCCAUUAAUCCCUCCACAGACACCAAUUAGAGCUGCAAUGAAUUCUAUCAAGAUGCUGAGGGGUGACCUUCCCUCCAGUGGAGACCAGCCAUCCUCUAAUCUUGCGAUAUAUUUUAAAAACUGCACUGUGGACCCAACCCAGGGUAUACAGAAGCGUUUGGAGAUGCUUGGACAGGUGUUUAGCCAGAAGUUUGGUGAGGCCGUUGGACCGCAUUGCAUUGUGUAUGGCAGAGAGAGAUUUACUCUUGGAGUUAGGCUGUAUUACAAGGUCAUGGAGGCAAUGCUAGAAUCGGAGGAGAAGCGACUGUCUGUGCAAAAUUUCAGCAAACUUCUCAAUGACUCCACGUUUCACAUGUCCCUUUUGGCUUGUGCUUUGGAAGUCGUCAUGGCAACAUACGAAGAGAGCAGUUUCAAAAACAGAGGAUGCAGUCAUGGAGAAGGCGACCAAGCAGUGAGAGACCUGUGUUUCCCGUGGAUACUCGAUGUGUUCGAUCUCUCCGCCUUUGACUUCUACAAAGUCAUCGAAAGCUUCAUCAAGGCUGAACCAACUCUGAGCAAAGAUAUUAUCAAACAUCUGGAGACGUGUGAGAACCUCAUCAUGGAGAAGAUCGCAUGGAGGACGGGCUCCCCUUUGUUUGAGCUGCUGAAGCGGGAAAAUGAAGCUGGAGCCACAGAACAGGCCGAGCCCCCGGCGAGUUUCAGCUUACCUCUGCAACACAACCACACGGCAGCUGACCUAUAUCUAUCCCCAAUUCGCCCAGGUCUCCGUGUCUUGCCUCCUGAAUCACCAGCCACGCCCAGCUCUCAGGCUUCCUCUCAGCCGACACCUCAGGCAGCAGGCCAAGCUCCACGGCAACCAAAGUCUAACUCUCUGAGCCUCUUCUAUAAAAAAUUGUAUCGACUGGCAUAUACGAGGCUGAAGACUCUUUGUUCCUGCCUGCUUUCCAACCACCCGGACCUGGAGCACGUUAUAUGGACUCUGUUCCAGCACACGCUGCAAUAUGAGUAUGAUCUAAUGAGGGACCGUCACCUUGACCAGUUGAUGAUGUCUGCCAUGUAUGCAAUUUGCAAAGUAAAAAGCGUCGACCUGCGCUUCAAGUUAAUCGUCUCUGCCUACAAGAACAUGCCCAACACCAGCCAAGAGACCUUUAAGCACGUGUUGAUCACAGAAGGCCAGUACGACUCCAUCAUCGUCUUCUACAAUCAAGUGUUUAUGCAGAAGUUAAAAACCAACAUCCUGCAGUAUGCAUCCACCCGGCCACCUACUCUUUCUCCGAUCCCUCAAAUCCCAUGCAGUCCCUACAAGUUCCCAAACUCCCCUCUGCGUGUGCCGGGAAGCAACAAUGUGUACAUUUCUCCUCUAAAAAACUCACGCCUGUCUCCGGGUAUGAUGACUCCUCGCUCCAGAAUGCUGGUUUCCAUUGGUGAAUCUUUUGGGUUUGCCAACCGCUUCCAGAAAAUCAACCAGAUGGUGAACAGCGGUGACCGCGCUCACAAGAGGACUCUGGAUGGUGGCUCUGCUCUAAAGCCUCUGAAGAGGCUACGCUUUGAUGUGGACGGGCAGGAUGAAGCUGAUGGCAGCAAAUCUGGAGGAGAGUCUGCACUGAUACAGAAGCUUGCAGAGAUGAGCUCCACUCGCAGUCGAAUGCAAGAGCAGAAGAUGAAGGAGGAUGCAGAAUCCAGGAAAAAAACAACCUAAGAUCUGCUGGACUGACCUGCACUGUUUGAACACUACUGUUUGUCCGCACACAAAGUGAAACCCAAGUUGCUUUUGGAUUUUUUUGUGCACCUUUAGCUGCUUUUAGUUUAUAGUUUGAUUGAAAGAGUAGUUUGAUGACAUCGAUUCUCUCCCCUUUUUUUGUCUUUGUCAUGCUUUGAGUUUUUUAACUAAAUAAUGACUUUUAUAGAAUUGUGGUUGUUCCUGAUGUGGGUUUGGUUUAUUAUAGUUGCUCCUUUUAAGGAGGAAUCAUUUGUUUCAAACGUCAUUGGUUUUACUUCUGUCUUGGAAAACUGUCUAUUCUUACAUGUUUGGAUCAUGAUGAUCCAGCAUUUUAAAUGUUGAUUCGUGGUUACUGUCAACACAAAGGAAUCUGUCUCAGAUGCAGAUUGCUGUCUGGAAGUUUAGGGUCAUGUCCUUAAGGGAGAAAAUCGCAUGUUCGACCAAAAAGGUCAACAUAUUGAAGGAUCUGGUGACUAGUGUUGGUUUUUCUUGGACUAAACCUAAAAAUGUUUAUAUUUUAGGUUUGUUUUAACUUUUGGUGAAAAAGGAAAAUGGAAAAAAAAAAAUUUCAUAGUGUUUAAGUACUGAAAGAAUAUUUUUACGUAUUCACUUCUGUGGUGAACUGAAGGUUGUUUUUGUGAGGACAAGGCAAAUUCUAAAAUAGGGAAACUAAUUUAAUUUACUGAAUAAUAAAGUACACGUGUAGCCUAUAUGUGGGGUUCAUUCUAGAAAAAUCCCCAGUGUAAAAUAUUGUUAUUUCAGUGAACAGAGUUUAAGAUGAAUGCUUUAAUAAUGUGAUAUGCUCAACAAGUUCCUGGAAAUAAAGAUAAUGAAACACAGU